GUUUCUGUCCGCGAAGCUGCGCCGAUUAGCUGCAGUCGUACUGAUUACUGCCCAUUCGAGUCUAUACGAGCUUACCUCGGGCAAUCUUCAAAGCGCCGCCAUAUCAACUACCCAACCUUCAGACGUCCGCAGGAAACACGGUCAUCGACGAUAUUGCAGAGCGAAUGGUCCACGUGCAGUGCCUGGACUCGCAGGCACACUGAAAAGAAGAAGAAAAGGACCGAAACAGGAAAUCGGAAACCCGAAACUCUGAUGUCGCUGGACCGAAUUCACGAGUACUAAAUGAGUCAACCCCAAUAUGGAAGAGAUAUGGAUCGACCGCCAAUUGCAGGAUCCGUCAGGCGCGCGAGAGAGCGGGCUCAGGCCGGAUUCCCAAGGGAACAGAACCCGCCGCCGAGCGUCACCAGGUUCCCAAUAAUGGAAAAUGAUCCAGACAGCCCUACCAAUGUCUCAGAACAACAGCAACCAUUCCAGACAACGUCCUCACGUGUACCGAGACCGCAACCACCUGCGCCACUACAGAACAGGGUCGGAGGGACUGGCGUUGCGAUAUCCCGACCGACACAGAUUCCGCAAUGGCCUCUUGGACCGAUUUCGUCUCCCGCGAGCAACCCCGAUGCCGAACCCUAUAGGCCCCCUCUGGGUCGUGGCCCGCCGCCGCCACGGCCGCCCCGCCCGAGCAGAGUACCGUCUAUCUUGGACAGUUCACGGGUUCAAGAACACACUCCCGUAUUUCAGUAUGUCCCCCAAACCGGACGCGAAUCCAUCUACAGCCAGGAUGGUCAAUCUGCCCCGCCUACCCCGACGUCGAGACACACGCAAUCAUCGAUUUCAUCGGUCGGAUCGAUACCAGACUUUCCCCUGCCUGCCGUCGCCCCGCCCAUCGCCGCGCCGCCACCGGUAGUGCCGCCAAGGCGAAGCUUCGGCCUGGGCCCGCCGCCAUCGUCGCGUCGAGGAGAUUCAUCAUUUUAUUCGAACGCCUCGUUUGUUUCCCCGAUUCCCGAAGAGAGCCCACGGUCUAGGUCUCAUACCUCAUUCGCAUCCAGCGCCGCGAUGCCGGAGAGCUGGGGCAGCCAAUCACCAGGAUACAGCGAAGCAGACCCAGACGACUACUACGACGAUGCGUAUUCUAGCGAAGACGAAGACGGCCAGAUGAGCCGUGGCAGCGGUUCACCGUACGGCGACGUAGGCGACGAGAGCAAGCUCGUGAGGAGCGCAAGUGUGGGCAAGAUGUCGAAGCCCUCAAUCGUGAUGCAUCGAGCACCGAGCGGCGGAGAUCCAUUCCCGCAGGACCUCCAGGGGCUACCACAGCGGCCGUCGCCCAGUCCCAUGAAACUUCCCGUCAGCCCGUUUGAUAGUGGGACGGCGUAUUAUGAGGGAUCCAGCUCAUCCGGAACAGUCCCCACCAUUGCGGGCGGGGGCAAUUCGGGAUCACUCACGCCCAGCGUGAUGCUUGGUGCCGUUGGUGCUGCCAGCGCGACAGACCUGCCAGAAACGAGGAAAUUUACACCGUCUCCACGGCCAUAUGACCGCUUAUCAGCCAUUCGGCGUCCGCCAAAACUGGAUAUGGAUUCGGUCAGAGAAAUGGAAUCUAGGGGUAGCAUGACCAGCUUGCCAGACCUCAUCAAGCGUGCGACCCGCUUAGCUGCCCUGAUUGAUCGCGGACGAAGGCCUGCAAGUCGAUUUGAGCUGGAUGAUGGGACGUGGCCGGACGAAAAGGCCUUCGGGCGCGAGGGGGAGGAACCGAUCUCUACCAUGUCUUCUGUUGAAAAGCACCAGUCUGGCCUGUCUGACAUGUUGGCCGCAUUUCCUCCACCUGCAGCUACCACCCCUAACCCCCCGAACCCACCGAACCCACCGAAUAGGGGCAGCUGGUUCAGGCGAGCCUCUACCGGUUCGUGGCCGCUAGCACCGGGUAGUCAAGGCAGCACUCCACAGCCAGUAACUCGUGCAAUGGCAGCAAGAGGAUCCCCGCUGACCAGGCUCGACUCCAAUGACGAAGAGUCGUCGACCAAGCGUCGCCGAAGAUGCUGCGGCCUUCCUCUGUGGGCGUUUAUUGUCAUUGUCGUCAUCGUCCUGGGCCUUAUCGCGGCGGCCAUUGUCGUCCCCCUCGAAUUCCUCGUCUUCCGGCGCAAUCGGGCUAGUAAUCCUCCAGCGGAACCGGCUUUGUCGCAAUGUCAAAACCAGCUCAAGUGCGAAAAUGGCGGAACAAAUGUCAUAUCCCAAGGCGUUUGCUCGUGCAUUUGUAUCAAUGGGUUUACCGGGCAGACUUGCACUGUGGCCGGAGCAACGGGAUGCACCACCACCAGCCUCCAAGGGAAUGGUACCCCGACCAGCUUGAGUAAUGUCACUCUUGGUCAAGCGAUUCCGCGGCUGCUUCAACAAGCUCAGACGAACUUCUCAAUCCCGCUGGACGGAACCGACAUUUUGGCCAAGUUGAACAGUGAAAACCUCUCAUGCAUUGCGCAAAACUCGCUCGUCACGUUCGACGGACGCUCGUCUCGCGUAGGCACCGAUGACGCCGGUGUGGUUAACAAUGUCGCCGUCCCCAUACAGAUCAUUACCCUAUUGCCCGGACAAGCGCUCACCCUCACGUUGGGCGUCGGUGUGCCUAGCAUCCUGACCCUCCCAUCGCCAGACAUCCAGGGCGGAUUUACGACCCUCUCGCGUCCUCCCCGGGUCACAACUAUCAGCGCCGUCAGCUCGACCAUGUGGGCCACGAUCCCUAUGAUGUCCUCUCCAUCACCGCUGCCAAUAUCCUCUAUAUUGCCGCUGCCGAUAUCUUCUCCAACACCGCUGCCCGAGACGACGACGACGACGACGACGACGACGACGACGACGACGACGACGACGACGACGACGACGACGACGACAUCUUCGGUGCCCCCUCCGCCAGCACCAACCGUUCCCACAACGACUACCACGAGAGCAACGACCACAACAACCACCCAGGGGCCGCUUGUCCCCUCGAUCCCAUUAUCUUCUCCGCCACCUCCCAGGCCUACAUUUACGGUUACUGAAGAGACGCUUGAUUUUGCCCGCGUUUCGGUUCUCCUUAUCUUGGAACGGCAGACUUUGACGGCGGCAACGACGGCGCAAUCUCUCUUACAGCGCUUCUUCACUACUGCGGACCAGGGUAGCCGGCAACAAAACGGUGGGAUCACGCCAACUCAGGCCUUGAACGUCACUCUCGGUGGAGGGAACUCGGUGGACUUGGUUAACUUUCUCAUUACCAUCCCCGGGGGCAUCCAACAGGGUAGGACAGGCCGCUGAAGAGACGCCGGACGAGCUGGCCGAGACCGCAGGGCGGAAAUCAAAACCAUGGCUGUUACCGGCGUGCCGACAUGUGAGGGAUAUGUAUAUAGAUAUGACGCUU